CCUUAAUCCUCUUGAUCUUCUUCCCAUCAAGUAGGCUGGAGCACGCGUAUAAGGCUUCAAAAUGUCCGGGACAGGUCCAAGGGAAGCUAUCUUUCCGACGAGGAUGAAUCUCACCUUGACUAAAGGUCGUCUCAAAGGUGCUCAGACGGGUCAUUCUCUACUGGCCAAGAAGAGAGAUGCUUUGACCACACGAUUCAGACAGAUCUUGGCUAAAGUGGAUGAGGCAAAACGCCUCAUGGGUCGUGUUCUCCAAUUAGCCUCUUUCUCUCUCGCCGAAGUGACUUAUACCGCCGGUGAUAUAGGCUACCAAGUCCAAGAGAGCGUUCGAAAAGCGAGCUAUACGGUCAGGGCCAAACAGGAGAAUGUGAGCGGGGUGGUGUUGCCCGCUUUUGAGGGUGUGAAGAAUAAAGAUGGGAAUGACUUCAACCUGACCGGUCUGUCAAGAGGAGGACAACAGAUUCAAAAGUGUCGAGAUACAUAUGUCAAAGCUGUAGGAACUUUGGUAGAACUUGCUUCUCUUCAGACCGCUUUCACGAUCCUCGACGAGGUUAUUCGAGCUACCAACCGACGUGUCAACGCAAUUGAACAUGUCGUCAUACCACGAUUGGAUAAUACUAUCAAGUACAUCAACUCUGAGUUGGAUGAGAUGGAUCGAGAGGAAUUCUUCCGACUGAAGAAAGUACAAGGAAAGAAAAAACGAGACGCCGAUCGGACCGAUUCCGAAAGAGCAGCCGCCAAUGCCGAAUUCACGGAAUCAGGCGGUGAGGUGCAUAGGGAUGAAGGAAUCAAGGGAGGUGAAGCGGGAGGUGGAGACAUGUUGGAUCAAGGCAAGGAUGAAGAUGUGAUUUUCUGA